AUGUUUCGCUUAUUCUUUGUGUUGGCUCUUGCCUUUUUGUUGAGUUCCUUCGCAAAAUCACAGAACAAAUCUGCAAAUCAGGUAACCAGAAUUCGAGUGAAAGUGAGAAAGUUUGUGAUUUGUUCGUGCUUGUGAUUUCCCAAACAACCCCUUGAUUUCAUAAUUUAUGUGUACACUGCUCGUUUUUUACUUUCAAACCUUCAACAGAGUCAUGGAACAGCGACAAAAUCAAACUGCUGCGUUUCACACGUUAGAUACUGUAAAGAUGGUGGGUAAAACUUCAAACAAAAAUCCCACCUUGUUCAGCACAUUUAUAAUUACCUUAGAAUAAUAAUAAUAAUAAUAAUACUUGUAACACGCAUAUAUCUAUUUACAUCUGCUCAUAUGGGCGAGAAAGAAAGAAAUUCGAGUUUCUUCAUUGAUGUUUGGUUUCUGUUAAUUUCUGGACAGGAAAAGACGGAAAAGAUGGACAAAACGGUGAGUGUACAAAAGUUACUUUAUGGUUCAUUCAUCAAGUUAUUGACUUAAACAACGAACAACUUUUCAUCAUAAAAAUAAACUGUUUACUUACCUUUCUAACACAAGGAAAUUGAUUUCUUUCUAUGCAGGAAAAGAUGGACGCGAUGGAAUAAACGGUGAUGUAGUUAUUUAUUCAAAGUGAAUUUUUGAUUUAGAUGGAAAAUUUUUUAACGUGAAUUCCUUCAUAAACACAAGUGGUAGGGACGGCUUAUUAAGGAUUUGCUGUGGAGGGGGGGAGAGGGUUGGUGGAGGACUUUAGGAAGAUCACAUGUUUUUAAGGGGGUACUGAUGGGGGAUCAGUCGUCGACAACUGAAUAUCAAGGGGGGACAAAGGCAAAAUGACUGUCAAUUAACUGCCAAGAGGGGGUAGGGGUGGGGAAUCAUAAGAAUAUUACAGAGCCUCUGGGGAGGACUAGGUAAAUUUUUGCGAGACGCUACCAAAAUCCUCGGGCUGACCUGCUGAUUGGUCCUUUAUGGGAAUUUGGGGAGAGAGAAAAACGAAAACCUAGUAAUAUGAUGAUUACUUGUGUCAAGUUAACAUCACAACGAGUUUGAAUGACUGAAAAUUACUAUGAAUAAUACAUUUUUUGGGAAACGAAGGUGUACCGUGACUUUGUACUUUUGUUGCUGUUUUCGUUUAUCCGUGUUUCACAAUUUGUACUGAUCGCCAACAUUUUCAACAUAGGACGAGAUGGACGCGAUGGAACAGUUAGAGCAAAGGUUAUGUAUUUUUAAAACGAUAAUGUAACCAUCGUCAAAAAAAUGACAUUGAAACGGACUUGAGAAUACAAAUGCAUUGAACUGUAUAUGACGUAUCUCUUCUUGUUAGUGGUGAACUUAUGAGUACAUCAAUUAAACUGUUGUCAUGGUUACCGAUAGAUUACUUCCAUUCCUUUUAACUCAUCCAGGGAGAGAAAGGUGAACCAGGCAUGCAUGGUGUGAAUGGAAAUGCUGGCAUCAAGGUUGGUAAAAAAUUAAGUGGUUUUCUGGCUAAUUUUUCUUUGGCUUUGAUCUGAUUGACACUUAAACUGUUACCAAUUAUUUGGUUGGAAUAUUUAAAUCGUAAUUACUGCAGGUAUCCCAGCCUUAAAAGAUGCAGUUAUAGAAUUAGGUUUUGGGAAAGGAGAACAUUUCAUUAUUCCGAACUGUUAGAGUUCUCUUGCUUCUUAUUUUACCCUAUUGGAGAAUUAUCUGACUGUCAAUGAAUACAAUGAGGUAUGUUGCGCUCAUACGUUAAAUUUUGAUUUCUUCAGGGGGAUGGGGGUGAGCCAGGAAUAAAGGGAAAGAAUGGUCAUUGUAGUUCCGAAGUUAGUUCUAUGAAUCAUUCGGUUCAACUAAAAACUGACAGACAAAUGUGAUAAUAGUAGGACAAGGAACCCCUGGUAGGACAUGGUAGGGAUUGGUCAUUAUUAAGUUGGGGGGGGGGGGUCUUCUAAAGAAAGUUUCAUGAGGUUUGUAUGAAAAAUUCUUUCGUCGAACACAGCUUAAAGAUAAACUUGAAAACCAGUAACUUCUCAAAGUUAUUUCAUGAUGGAUAGCGAAAAAGUUCGUGCUAUACAACCUUUUUUUAUAAGUUUGCUUUUUCAUCGAGGGCGAGAAAGGAUCUGUUGGACAGAAAGGAUCACUAGGACUAAAAGGACAGAAAGGAAUGCCGGGAACAUGUGAUGACCUGGUACGGAAAGAUAUAAUGGAUAGAAAUCAUCACUUAAAAGUGCAACAGUCCUUGUGUACUUCUAAAGCAAUGAAAUAUUACAACAAGUAAUUUGCUACUUUUUUUUUAUUAUUAUUUUUUGGCAGUUAUUGUGUGAAGUUCUUUGACAUGCACAAGCACAAAACGAUAAUGAUAACGAGAUUUCUAAUGAUUCUUUGCAGAGCUCCUCGUCCUCCUCUGGGAAAAGAGGGUGUUGUAAAGUCGGUAGGAGUCAUUUUUUUACUUGUUUUUUUGGCUUAUGUCUCCUACAGGAGGCGAGGCUACUUAUGUCGUCAAAAUGAGUGAGUGAGUGAUGGUUACAAUAGAAUUCCGAUCUUGAUCCAGUUUUUACUCGAUGUUAACUGGGCUACUCAUUCUUUGUUCUGAAGUAUUAAAGAAGACGAGAAACAUCUUACAAUAAUUUCACGAUGGCGCGUAAAAAAACCAAAGUUUUUCCUAUAUCACAUAAGGUGAUCGGCGCAACAUGAAAACCUACAGGAAAACUUUUUUCUUUAAACGGGGAGUACCUUACCGUUUGAAUCAGCGAAUUAUGCCCAAUAGAUCGGAAUAUAUCUUUGUUUCAGUUCUUGCCGUCACGCUACAAAAGAUGAUAAACACCUCAAGAUAAUUCACAGUAGCGUUACCGGCACGUUAUUAAAAACAAGGCAUUUCCUUGCAAAAAUAUCUAAAUAAGUUUUAUCUGCACAUCGUGGAAACUAUCGAGUAAAAUUUUAUGAUGAAAAAAUUUCUCACCAUUGAGAGGACUUAGAUUUAAUUUCUUUUAUAAAAUAGCACUACAACAAUAGCAGCAAAAUCAAAGACGGCAACAUCGAGCUGUAUACAUCAGACACGAGCUAUUUUUUUUUAUUCGUAGGACACUAGUUUUGUUUAAUCCAUUUUUUUUAUAUUGCCUCUGCUUAAAUUUAAGCUUUCAGGGAAUUCUUGUUAUAAUUAACAAAAAGUGCCAAAAACGCCUUCCAAAACGUAAGAACAAUCAAAUGAAAGCUGAAAUCACGGACAAGAAAUAAAAUUGCCAUAAGUCUCGACUGGACAUAUACUUUGUAUGUGGUUUUCGUUCCAAUGUAAGAUUUUCAUCAAACUUCUGAGAGAAAAUCUUGUUUGAUGCUCCAGUUUUAUGGAGUACAAUAGAGGAUAGAUUUUUUGACAAAUUAGACGCCCGUUGUGUGUCAGUUAUGUUAAGAUUGACCAUUCCCUCCAUUCGCAGAAAUGAACUUAUGAAGUUCCUAAGUUAAGCAAAAAACAAAAGAACAAAACAAAUAAAAAGAAACCAGUUGAGUCAAGUUGUUCCAUUGUCCAUAUAACUUACAUAUUUUUAUAUGCUGAUUGCAAUACAGUGAUUGAGAAGUAGGGUUUGUUUUCGAGUUACAGGAAAAUAAAGUGAAAAAAAGGACGUUGUUUGAGAGGAUGGAGUGUUGCUUUGGUAACAUUAUAUUUUAUAGAAAGAAUUGUUGAAUAACAGUUUCGCAUGUCGUAUGGAAAUUUCGAAAAGAGCAAACUGUUAAAGCUUCGGUACGUUAAAAUACGGUGAUUAAAAAUAACGAAACUCUUUUGAACCACCUUUAAUAGGCUAAUAACCAGAAACAAAGGAUGAGAGGUAACCUCUGUCAACUCUGUUUUAUUUUUAUCAAAGAAUGUUCCACUGGUUUCCACUUCUUCGAGAAAGUUCAAGACUUGCCAACCAGGGGAGCUACAGCUGUUCAGCAUUUCACCAUUAAUGGAAGUCUGUUCCUCACCUUUGGCAACUAUAAAGGAGAUAUUCAGAAACACAAAACAAGCUCCGUGGUUUACAAGAUGGAUGAACCGACUGAAAAAUUCACACUUUACCAGACUCUGCAAACUAGAGGUGCAUAUGGCGUUGAGUACUUUUCUAUCGCUGAUAAACAUUUCCUAGCUGUGGCUUGUCAUUGGGAUGGUACAUACCAACUUGACUCUGUAGUAUUCCAGUGGAAUGGACAGCGAUUUGUUGUAUUUCAGAAAUUACCAACAAAAGGAGCUGCAUACUUCAAGUUCUUCACUUUAAAUAGCGAAAAAUAUCUCACAGUGGCAAACUAUUACGAUGGAAGUACCCGCUCAAUAAAAUCAGUCAUCUACAAAUGGAAUGGCCUCAAGUUCAACAAGUUCCAGGAGAUAGCAACUGAAGGUGCCAUGGGAUGUACGGCAUUUGAAAUAAACAAUGUCACUUACAUCGCUUUCGCCAACCAUUACAACUCUCAACAGAAGUAUUCUGUUCAGUCCACUGUCUUCAAAUGGUCAGGAGGACACUUUGUCAAACUACAGUCUCUUCAAACUUACGGGGCAUUUGACGUGAAGUCUUUUAAUCUCAAUGGUCACACAUUCCUCUCUUUUGCUUGCUACUACUCUGGAAGCUCCUACAACACUGACUCGUUUAUUUAUAAAUGGGAUGGUACCAAGUUCGUUCUUUUCCAGUCUAUUCCUACUCGUGGAGCCCUCGCUUGCCAUCCUUUCGUGAUCAGCUCCCAUACCUUCUUAGGUGUGGCCAAUCAUUACGACAGCAGCCAGAAAUACAACACACAGUCAGCUGUGUACCAGGCCGCUGGAGCAAAGUUCAUCGAGUACCAAGAGAUUUCCACUCAUGGAGCCUAUGAUAUGACAUCAUUUGAGUACAAAGGUCAUACUUAUCUGGCUGUGGCAAACCGCUACAAUCAGAAGAACAACAUAAACAGCGCUUUGUACAAGUGGAUGUAGAAAUAGGGACACAAGACGAAAAGCGUAAUGACCAAGAGUCUUAGCUGCUUUAUGCAUCGGUAUAGUGAUAAUAUUUGCUCAAAAAUCG